AUGUUACGCAUUAAAGAAUUACAGAACGAACUUACCCAAGCCCAGGAAGAAAUACAAGUAAUUUUAAACGACAAUAUUAUUAUUAUUUUCAUACAGUAGCAAUGUACAUAAACGUAGAUGUGUGUGUUUGUGUGAAUUAAGAACUUGAAGGCCGAGAAUCGAAUAUUCAAAAUGAUGGAGAAACGGCAGGAAACUGCGUUGUCCAAAUAUGAGGAUACGCACGCGCAGCUGCCGCAGGUGAUCAAGUCGUACAGCGAGGACUUGCGGAUCUUGCAGAAUCGUUUGCGGCGCACGAAGGAGGCUUACAGGCAACUGGAGAAAAAUCACCUGCAUCAAGGUGCCCAGCUAUCAGCCAUCCAGAAGCAGCACAAACAUUUACUGGACUUAACCAAAAAUAAACAGCUUGGCGAAAGGGAAAAGCUUUCCAAUCAACUGGAAGAGGCAGAGAAUGCGAUAAAACAAUUGGAGAAAAAAAAUCAGGUGAAACGGCUAUAUCAAGUUAGGUUAAAUAAUUAGGUUAGAGGUUCACACGAGUUAAUUUUUGUUAAUCGGUCCACGCAGAAUUUAGUAAAAACUAUAGAACUGCAUACUAAAAACCACCGGAACCAGCUGAACGUAGAAACCGGAAAGGCUAAGGCACUGCAAGUGGAGCUGAAACGAGUGACGGACGAAAACCGUAAACUUGAAUCAAAAUUAGAAAGAUUCAAGUACCAAAGUUACGGUGGAAAGAAAGCCUUUUAUAACGCUUCGGAAGUGGACCGAACCAAUCGUAUGGCCAGGUGAGUCUAUGUUCGUUUUACACUGCAUUAAUAAUCAGUAUCGCAACUAUAGAUUACGGGGCCCGUAUGCAGUAAUUAUAUUGAGUCCAUUUCUAAACUUACUUUAUGUACAAGUGUUUAAGGCUCUUUUAGGUUUUCAAAGAUGUUUUACUUUUGUAUACAUAAUAUACACUAUGAAGUAGCACUGAAGUCCCAAAAAAAAUAUUUUGCGAACUAAACCUAAUGAAUUACAAUAAUGUUUGCUCCAUAGUUAAUUCACCCUCCCAAACGUAUGCAGUUCCCUUGGGCCAAAACCGGAAAUACAAAAUGUAUUACGUUUACUUAGUUUGUUAUAUAGUAUAUUACUAGCUAUUAUUAAUAUAUUAUCUAGUGAUUACCAUGACAAAUUAGAAUCGAAUUAAUCAUGAUAUAUAUUGUUGAAUAUUAUACUAAAUACAGUAUCGACUAGAAAAACUGAUAUUUGUGUUAAAGUAAACUUAUACGCUUUUAAAUAUAAUAAUUUACAUUUACAUACGAUUUUCAAAUUAUUUACAUUCAAACAUCUAUAUAUUUACAUGUUCUAUAAUUUAACUGCCAAUGAUGUCAAUCACACACAGAAAUCUGAAAAAAAAUUAUACUCUUUGUCUUCUCAGAAUAACUACAAUAAUGAUAAAACGAUAAUGAAUCAUUUGGGCCUGUGUACCUACCAGUUUAAUUAGUCUUUAAUAGUUGCACGUAUUUAUUUAACUAAUUUUAAUAUAAUGAAAAAGUUGUUACACAUUUUUUUUUUUUUUUUUAAACUAUGAAAUUCAUUCGAAUAUAUAAGUGAAAUUUGAAUUAAAGUCAUCAUAUUUAUAAAUAAAAUAUCCAUAUGGAUAAUGAUAUGUAUCGUGUUAUAGAAUAUCAAUCUACACAAACAAUCUGGAGCAACCAGAAAAGAGGGAAUAAGAAAUACAUGUUCAGAGAAUAUAACUUCUACGAAAUUUGAUAUUUUUUUUAUGGAUUCUAAUUUCUAAGUAGUACAAAUUUACACGUUUCCUGGUUAUUUUGAAUGCAUGUAUGCUGCCGUGUGUUUCAUGUGUUUAGUAAUUUAAUAUCCCAAAAAGCCUAUCUAGACAUAUUUAAAAUAUCCACCAAAAAUAAAUCCUGGUUGCGUCACUGGUACUAAUUUAACCCAUUAUUUAAAAUUAAAAACGCAUCUUGUAAUUAAUAAAUAUGUUUUAUUAAACUAUAUUCAUUGUUGGAUUAACAAGUUAUAACGUCAUGUGAAAUUUAAACUUUUUCUACGAUUUAUCACAGAAGUGUUAAGUCCUAUGCCUACUAGACUUAUACCAUAUCAUAAACGUGUCUUUGCUAGCUAAUCAUAAAAAACUUUUCAGACCAAAGACGGCAGUGCAGCCCAUCAGUGUGCCGUUAAUGGCUGGUGCCGAUGGUAACGAUCAUAGUGAUCAAACCCCGUCAUCGUUACCGGAUCGUGACGGCACGUCGAUCAAACAGGAAUUGUUAUUGGUCCAUGGGGAAUCUUCCGAGAUUAGUGACCAUACCGAAGAACUGCAAAUGAACCUCAUGCGGCAGGUGCAUGAGGACGUGAUAAAUGCACCGAACAUGUUGGUCCGUAAAAUACCGGAUUCGUCAGAUUCGACGUUGAUUCGAAGGAUUUCCGCACUUGUCAAGGUUACAACUACCUAAUAAAAACAACACGCGUACUUAUUUUCCGUUUAACCCACGUGAAGGUUUUUUUUUUUUUUGUUUAGGAAGAAUAUAUUUUAUCGGGCGUCGGACGUGAAGAAAACACUAUACUGCAGGAACAGACAACACCCACCACCGAUGGAUACAAAAAUCCUUUCUCGUUGUCUAACCCAUUUCGACCGUCAACGGCGACCAAAAAAAAACUUUGA